GGUAUCACAUGUGUGAUAACAUUUUGUCGGCACAUUGUUUAAUUUGAUAUUUGUAUAUCCAGGCUUUAACGGAGAUGAGUGUUAUUUUAAAAAUGUACCAAAAACUACCGGGAAGGUAUUGCCAAAGAAAUUCAUAUUGAACUACAGAAUAAUUUCACAUUAUUCGGUUCAUCAUGAAGCUUAUAAGAAUUUGUAGUGACUAAAUAACCAAGCUUUCACGCCUUGUACAAUUAUUUCGAGAGACGUACUUUGUAUGAAAAUUUAUAACUAGAUAACUUUGCUAACUUUUUAUGCGGUAACCGAACCGUUACACUAAGAAUAUGAGUGGCAUUUUCAGAACGUACCAAAGGCUUCUAACCAAAUAUCCACUAAGGAUGCAAGCGGUACAAACAGGUAUUCUAAUGGCUACGGGUGAUCAGAUCGCACAGGUCUUUGUCGAAAGAAGGGAAUACAAGGACAUCGAUCUGGUGCGCACCGCACAAUUUGGAGGACUCGGAUUUUUCUUGAUGGGUCCUGCAAUAAGAACAUGGUAUGGAAUAUUGGACAAGCGUAUUGGAUCCAAAGGAAAGACCGUGAUCUUGAAAAAGGUAGUAUGCGAUCAACUGUUUUUUGCUCCGGCAUUGAUCGCGGUCCUGCUCAAUAGCAUUGGAUUUUUGCGAGGAAACAAUUUGGAGCAGAACAAAGAGAAACUACGUAACGAGUACAAAGACAUAUUAAUUAAUAAUUAUAAACUAUGGCCGAUGGUACAAAUUGUGAACUUCUCCCUCGUACCCCUGGAAUAUCAGGUUUUAGUCGUCCAAAUUGUGGCUAUAUUCUGGAAUACCUACGUUUCCUACAGAACCCACAGAGAUUCUUAAUAAUAUAGGUGCAAUAUAGAAUUAGUUUGUACACAAUUUUAUACAAAGAACCUGCUGACGAGAGCGAUGCCGAUUAGUCAAUUAAUAUAAGGAAUGGAUUAAAGAGAGGCAAAAGUCAUGCUCGCACGAUGCAACACCAUGGCAAGCUUUUAGUUGUACCAACCAGUGACCGAAUCCAUAGAUACUCGAAUCAUCUAAAACGAUAAGUUAUACCGAGUUGAUAUAUUUACGUGUAUAAAACCAUGUCGACGGUUGUCCACAAACCAAGACUCACCUACGGAUAAAAAAAAAAACGCCAGACAGUUCCUCACAGAUGCUGUACAGUUUUAAUAAAAGUGAAAAUAACAAGUCA